ACACAGUCUGGUCCAAAGGAUCAAGGCGCGACGGCCAUUUCUGAAAUUGACACCGAUUUUAAUCAUGAUGCUCAAUCAUUAUUCAUCCAGUCCCAGAAAAUCGAUAAGGCAUGCUUUUCUCUUUUCGAUUACAAAGAAACUGGUUUUUGCAGCUUUGGCGAUAGUUGUAAAUUCCUCCACGAUCGAUCUGACUAUAAGCACGGUUGGCAAAUUGACCAAGAAGUGGCCGAAGGAACUUAUGGUGUAGAAGGAGUUGACGAUCGUUAUGAAAUAAAGGAUGACGAAGGGGAUGACGACGCCGAUGACCAUCUGCCUUUAAAAUGCAUGAUCUGUCGAGGCGACUAUAAAGAUCCAGUUGUUACUCGAUGUUAUGCUUGCACUGAAGAUACGAAAGGCACAUUUAAAAUUGCAAAGGACUUGCUUGCACGCAUUGCAGCUAUCAAAGCAAAGUGCAAGGCCGUUUCGGAGGAGGAGGAAGAAGCGGAAGAGGCCGGUCACCCUUGUCAUCACGACAAAGAUGAUCAUCCUUGCAAAACUGUCCACGAACAUGUUCACAAUGAGCAUUACAUCAGCUCUUCGGAACUUGAAGACAGUUCUGAUGAUGAUGCACUUUCGAGCAGCAAAACAAACUAUCCUACUCUUACGCGCUUGGAAGGCGCCCAGCCACAGGCUCCGGAAUAUUGCGACAAACCAAUGGACGAUUUUUACCAAUUAUUUGGUUGUGGACCGAGCGACAACCUGCAAAAUAUACGAUCGACGCUCCGAAAGGAGAUGCUUCUAUGUCAUCCUGACAAAUGUCAAUCUCUAUCAGCGGAAGAACAAAGAGAAAGGAGAGACCGUUAUGAUGUGCUCCAUCGGGCGUGGAAGAUUUUCGGCGACGAUGACAAACGCCGUCGUUAUAAUGCCCUUUUACUCCAAGCAAAAUUGCAAGAAGACUCAGCUCAACGGCCAAUUCAAGCCGAAGUCCUGUUCUCCGACUUCUUAGGCGCAGCCGAUAUUGACUAUAAUUCUGUAGACCCAGAAGAAGUUCUUGAAUACCCAUGCCGUUGCGGUGGAGCUUAUUCGAUCCGUGUUAAGGAAACGAACAACAAGAAACCGCAGCAUAAUCAGGAUGCAGCCAGUCCUUCGGAGGAAGAGUGUGCCCCUUUUCAGUUGCCCACAGAUGUGGCAAAAGAAACCACGAAAAGGAAGGCAAUAUGCUUGAAGACUGCCCUUGCCAUCGUGGAAAGAUGUGGUCGAAAUCCGAUUACCCCUGAGAUGGUAGCGAGCAUAGUAAGUCAGCUUUCGAUACUGUCCUUCUUUUCCCUUUUGUUUUGGCCGUAG